ACGGGAGAGGCUCUGAGCGGGGCCGUCGGCCCAUCGCGGCCGCUCCCCGAGCAGCCGGGGCUGGAACCAGCAGCAAUCGCUCCUAAAAAGCUUUUUCUUGGCUCCUCUGCACAGCUGGGGGUGUCCUCAAGAGCCCGCGGGAGGAGGAAAGCAAGAGCUCUUCGUGUCCUGAGCCGCUGUGGUUGGAUGCUGGCGCAGCUCCGGGAAUGCCGCGGCUCUGAGGGAGAUCCUGGCACUGCCAGGGCUGCUGGGGCUGCAGCCCCCGUGGCUCCAGCUCUGCACAGGAGCUCAGCGUUUCCACCAGCGCCUGUAGCCACCCGUGCCUCAGUUUCCCUCCUUUCAAAAGCAGCACAAUGCCAGGCGGUGUCUGGCAAGGCAUGAGGGAAUCAGCUGCUUGUGUCCACCCCCAGGGGACAAACAGACACACUGUCCCCCACGGACACGUCACACGGCCGGGGCUGUUGGCCCAGCUUCAGCUGCAGCUGCCCCCGGGCACGUCCCUGCCCGGGAUGGGCCAGCUCUGCCGUGCCAGGGCCGUGCCAGGGGACAGGCAGGGGGACAGGGAGUGUCCCCUGUGCGGGCUGGCAGGCUGGGGAGUGAGGAAGAAACGCUGCUGGAUGUGGAGGAAGGCUCGGGGAGGGGAUGGCCGAGAGCAGCCGGGGGGGGCUGAGGGGUGCCCCUGGCAGCACCCAGGACGUGGCUGAGCCCAGGGAGGACGAGGGCAGCCAGGUCCUGGCAGCCACCCCGAGCCCGGGCAGCGUGGAGGACACGUAUGAGCUGCUGGAGAGGCUGGGCAGCGGCCACUUCGGCGAGGUGAGGCUGUGCCGCGAGCGCAGCACCGGCGCCUUCUACGCCGCCAAAUUCGUGAAGAUGCGGCGGGGCCGGGGCGGCCGCCCGGGGCUGGAGCGGGCUCGGGUGGAGCGGGAGGUCUCCAUCCUCCGCCAGCUCCAGCACCCCAACAUCAUCCAGCUCCACGAGCUCUUCUCCAGCACGGCCGAGGCGGUGCUCGUCCUGGAGCUGAUCCGCGGUGGGGAGCUCUUCGACUUCAUUGCGGAGAAGGAGAUGCUGUCGGAGGAGGAGGCCAUCGAGUUCCUGGGGCAGAUCCUGCGCGGCGUGGAAUACCUGCACGCUCGCCUCAUCGCUCACUUCGACCUCAAGCCCGAGAACAUCAUGCUGCAGGAGAAGGAUGUCCCCAAGCCCUGGAUCAAGAUCAUUGACUUCGGGCUGGCCCAGCAGCUGGAGCAUGGCACCACCUACAAGAGCCUCUGUGGGACCCCCCAGUACAUUGCUCCUGAAGUGAUCAAUUAUGAGCCGCUGAGCCCCGCGAGCGACAUGUGGAGCAUCGGAGUCAUCACCUACAUUCUGCUCAGUGGCCUGUCCCCCUUCCAGGGUGAGACGGAUGCUGAGACCCUCUCCAACGUGGUGGCUGGUGCCUACGAGUUUGAGCAGCGCUGCUUCAGCCAGACCUCGGACAUGGCCAAGGACUUCAUCCGCAGGCUGCUGGUGAAGGAGCCACAGCGCCGCAUGAGCGCGGCCGAGUGCCUGGUGCACCCCUGGAUCAAGCCCCUGAGCAGGAAGCAGGCGCUGAGCCGGAGCCGUUCCUCCAUCAACAUGAGAAACUUCCGCAAGUUCAACGCCCGCAGGAAGUGGAAGCUCUCCUACAACACCGUGUCCGCCUGCAACCGGCUGUGCCGUGUGAGGAGGGAGGAUGAGGAGCUGCGCUGCUGUGAGAGCGACCAAGAGGAGGAGAGGAGCCCCCACGCCGCUCUGCUGCGCCGGCGGAGGAGCAGCUGCUCCUGAGCUCCUCCCAAAAAACACAGGAGCUCUGCGAGAGGAGCCUUGGGGGUCCCCCCAUGGCCCCAUCCAAGGGGCAGGGGCGCUCUCCACUCCUUGUUCCAGGGUGUUGGAGGGUCACUGGGGCAUCAGCCAGGGCUGGGACCCUCCUCCCUGCUUUGUCCUCAUGAGAAAAAUAAAUGUCAC